CAUGCGAAAGUUGUGUAACUCGACAAAGAACCCUAUCAUAUUCCCCCCUUAAAUGAUGGCUCUCUGCUUCAUUGUUUUUACGGCUACAUCACUUGGAACGAGAGGAAACAACGUCGAAUAUAACAAUGUCCAAGGCCCGUUCCAGUAAGCACGAGAAAAAGGCAAGGAGACGCGUGAAGGCGAAAUGUAGAAAAGAGUUAAAGGUUGAGAUGGAGGAUAUAAGAAAGGAGCAAAAGAGCAUCAAAGAAGCACAAUCACAACUACGGGAGAAACUCACGGCAACCAGAACGGAGUGUGAAGUAUUACGAGAAGAAACUAAGUUGAUGAUCCAGCGAAGUGCGUCUACCCAACUUCGUCUAUCUCUCAUGUUCAAUAUAAUCAAGGCACGAGAGGACGCCGAUUUCGAUAAGGCUGCUCACUUCACAUUAUUGCUACGUGAAACAAUAGCGACGGAUGACGUGUAGCAGCAAAAAGACUAUCUUCGGUCCAAGUGUGGUGUUUUUACUUUGUUACUCCACCUUUGUUUUAAGAAUAAAAAAACUGUUGCAUCAAUAUUCGAUCCAUUACAGAUCUUAAAGCUGCAGGCUUGGCACCCUCUUGUUCUCUCUCUCUCUCUCUCUCUCGCUCUCGCUCGUGUGUUUGUUGAAAUUCUAAGCAUGAAUAUGUAUUGUGCGUUGAAAUUUAUCAUUUUAAAUCGCUA